UGCAUCAAUAUGUUCAGCUGUGCGGUAGAGCGCAAAUAAGCGUGAAAAAGACGAGAGCGUGAAUAAAAUCACAUACAUCACAGAUUUAAUCAAAAAUUACAUCAACGUUUAAUAUGGAUUUAAAAAAAGUCAUUUUAGAGAAUGAGAGGAUGCAGAAAACCUACGGCGCUCUGCAAGAGACGAACCUGAGAACAGACAAAGGUCAGAUGGACGUGUCGAUGGUUGAGAGCUGCAUGUCUCCAGACGAGAUCGAGGUUGAAAUGACUCGCAUUCAGCGGCUACGUGAGGUGUUGGUGAGACGCGAGUCUGAACUGAGAUUCAUGAUGGACGAUAUUCAACUUUGCAAAGACAUUAUGAGCCUGAAACAAGAACUGAGGAAGAUUGUGAUGCUGCCAGAUGCAGAGAAGACAAAGAAACAUCGUCAGAGAGAAGAGAAAUUAAUCCAGGAGAUUCAUCAGCUCGUGCAGAAGAGAGACUUCCUGGUGGACGACGCAGAAGUCGAGCGUUUGAGAGAGCAGGAGGAAGAUAAAGAGAUGGACGAGUUUCUCCAUCAGAAGCUCUGUGUGAUACAGAGAGCUCCACAGGCGAGAACAGCAGAACCGCCUCUCAAUAAACCGUCCAUCAGCAAGACCAGCGCGGCGCUCAUUAAAGACUGCUGUGGAGAGACUCGAUGUGUCGUCAUGUGAAGAUUCACCAUCAUACUCGACACUGAAUGCUUAUUGAGAUUUCCCAAAGCAACUAAUAUUAAGUGAAUUUUAUAAAUAAAUGAAUAUCGAUUAAAUGAGAUUGGAUUUGCGACACAUCAAUGACUGCAGUAAUAUUCAGUGUCGUCUCGAGGAACAGCAAAACAUCUCCUGAACGGCCUGAAAUCUCCACCGGAAACACUGAACUGUGUGUUUGAAAUUAAAUAUUCAUGUGUUUAGACAUCGAUAACGGCUAAGUUCAUAAUCAACAUCAAGCACAACAAACUCUCCACCACAGUAUCAUUGUCAAACAGAAAGUUAAAAAUAUUGAUUUUUAAUGUUAUUACAAUGGUAUAAACACGUGUAUGUGAGUGUCAUAGUGUAGUGCAGAGUUUCUCAGCCCUUUCUUGGCGUAAACUACACAACGACUACACAUUUUGGAUGUCUCCCUGUCUGACACACCUAAUUCAGAUCAUGGAUCAUCUUCUAAUUACUUAAUCAGUAGAAUCAGGUGUGUUGGAUAAAGGAGACGUGUGUAGUGUGUGUUCCUCCAGAAGUCUGUUUCACAAAGUUUCAGGUUGACAAAACCAGAUAGAGCCGAACCGGUUUAGAUCAGGUUCAUCCUUCUCAAGACACUCGAUAUAAACGUCCUCUGUCAACUCAAGAGUUCAUGAUUAACACAUGAAUGAGUGACGUUUGAAGCUUAGAGAAAUUAUUUACAUCUCUGCUGAAGAUUAAUUGAUCAUCAUGAAAAUAUGAAGACAUUUUUACUCAGCUGCAGAAGUUUGAGAUGACUUUUGUUAGAUAUAACUGAAUAUAAUGUGUAAUUAAAUGUAUAUAGGUUUACAAUAAGAACAUUAAAGCUUAAAAAUCUAUAUAUUAAUUAAAAAUGUAAAAGUUUUUAUAUUCAUUUAAAUAAAAGCCUAAUAUAAUUAAAUAAAUUGUGUGAUAAUCUACAAUAUAAUUUUAAGCAGUAUAUGUUCAUGUGGAGAGACUCGUCACACAAUCAUCUUGUGAACUUCUGCAGUAUUUUUCAAGGUUCUCAUGAUCACAAACUGCAUACAGUGACAGUAUGUAAAUAAAUGCAAAGAAACUCAAUAAUACAUGUUUAAUGAGCUGCUCAAAAGAUACACGGUUCUCCAAUCUCUCAAAUAAACAAAUCUUAAUAUGCCUAAUAUAUAAAAUCUUAAUUUAUAAAUCUAGAUAUAUAUUUCCCUGUAAAGAGCACUUUAAUUUGGAGCAAAGGAUUCUGGGGGAGUGAACUGAUUGUCAAAGGUAAAAACAACUGAGUUUGCUCAAACUAAAAUUAAACUUGUCUUAUUUACUGAAACCGGCUUCGUGAGACAGACCUUCAGAAAGGAUUGAGAAACACUGAAAGUUCACAAAUAUUUCAUGUCAAUCUUUCAACAUUGUGUAGCCCUUGAAAGAAAUAUGCUCAUAUUUCACACAGUUUCAGAUAUUUCACUUUUACAGAACAUAAAAGGUUUGAAAACGGGCGUUAAUUGACCAUUAUCAAUGGAAACAUAUAAAUGCUUCACGCUGCACCCCCCCAAUGCUCAAGACAAAUCUACGCCCUUGUUUGAUUUUUGCUAACUUUUGCCUGAAAAUGAAGUUUUUAUGGAAGUGGAUCAACAAACCACCACCUCAGAACAGUGUUCAUUUAUUUGCCUAAAUAUGAAAACUAUCUUUGACUGAAAUGUGUAAAUCACUUGAUAACUCUGAAUAAAGCGGCGACACAAACGGCA